AACAAAAUGCUAAAAUAAAAGCAUCUGAAAUAGAUAUACAGCCUUUAAUACAAGAAUUGCUUAUAGAACCUUUAGAAGAAAAUUGUGUUAAGGUUGUUAAUAUGGAAGAGAUCAAACAAGAUGAAAUCAUGAGCUGGUAUUGCUAUAGAAAGUAUUUUGAAAAAAGACAUAGUGAGAUUUUACCUGGAAUUUUAAAGAAUAGACUUAUUACUAAUAAAAAAGCCUAUAAACUUACGAGUGGGCAGAUUUAUGAUGAAAUACUACACGAAAUUGGAGAAGAUAAGAUUAUGCGAAUCAAAACUUAUAGUGUAAAUAAACUCUCAAAGUUAAUUAACAUGCAAAUUGAUAUUAUUAAAACAAUACUGUAUGAAAAAAAUUCACGCACUCAUGUGACUUCAGAAAUGAUCAUUAGCGAUGCAACUGCAUCUGCCAAAUCUAAAGUAAGAAUUCCAAUUGCAUCCACUAAUUCUUCAGACCUGAUCAAUUCACCGGUCAUCUUAUAUGAUGCUUGUGCUCCCUAUAUCAAUGUGACUUUAAAUGAAUAUCCUUACUUAUUCUUAUAUAAUAGUGACAGAUACAAUGAUGCAUAUAAAUUUAAAAAUUCAGAUUUAUGUCUUGAAUGUUAA